GUGCUUACGCGUGCAUCCUCAGCCACCGACACUGGUACCCAACGCCGACUGCCACCACUCUCCUCAUCCACCAUGAUCCCUCUCUUUGGCCAAGACGACCUCCGCAGACGCAAAGAAAUCAACCUCGGCGGCGCACGCUCUGCGUCCUACUCCGACAUCCUCCAGGAGGCAAAGGCCAAGCGCUCCCAGCGCCACGACCUCAAGCGCAAGCAGGACAGUGCGACCAAGAUCCAGGCCUGGUGGCGCGGUGUGUCCCGCAAGCAACAGACAAGACGUGAUCUCAAGCAGGUUUUCGUCGGCGACGUCUCUGGCUUGACCGGCCUCCGCUGCCUCGUCCUCCUCGGUGUCGACCAGGACGCGCUAGGAAUCUGGUCCAGUGCCGUCGCGAGUGGUAGUCAAGAUAUCCUACUACACACCGAGGACAACUGGCGUGUUCUCCUUCGCAAGACCUCCGUGCUCCUCCUACAAGCGAUUGCCUCCGAGCCAGAAUCCCAGUAUGCACCACUACAUCUCAACGUUCUGCAACUCUUGCAGUCGUCAGCAGGACUCGAAUACACGCAAUACGUACUCGAUCACGGCUUCUACCGCCUCCUCGGCGACGCCAUUCAGCGAAUACCACUCGACUCAAAAACAUCGCCCACACUACCUCCACUUGUCACUCUCCUCACGACACCCCUCUCACAAGGCUCCCUGCACGCUCAAACACUCCCUCAGGUCCUCACGCACAUCCUCUCCAUCCCCCUCCUCCCAAACCGACUCCCUCUAACCGCCCUCACCGCCUUCUCCGCCCGGCUCCCUCUUAGUUCCCUCCACGUCGCAUCCCCAGCCAUCCCAUCCAUCAUCGCCGACCCCGUGCUCGCGGAGCCAGAGCCCAAGGUGCAUCUCAUCGCCAACCUCGUCGUGCUCACCUCGCCACGGUAUAGCAAACUCCCUGCACAGGCGCUCGAGGCGUACCUCGAGCUGCUGGCCGCGCUCAUGAACGCGCUGCCCACGCACGCACUCGAGCCGCCGGAGCGGAAUACGCGCGACGCGCCGCGCACGUGGGCGGACGGUGAUGAGAUAGAGGUCGACGAGGAGGAUGAGGUGGCCCCGCAGGUGACGGUCGUGAGCUCGUUCGAGCCCCCGCCGCGGCUGCCGGAGCUCGACACGCGUACACGCACAAGGCUGCAGACCCUCCCGAGCAGCGCUCAUCUAAACAGUCUCCUUGGGGCGGCGCAGCACCAUCCAUCGAGGCAGAGCCUGAUAGCAUUUUGUUUCGCGCUGACGACGGUAUGGCCGACGAGGAGGGACAAGAUUCUUGGAACAGUAGUGGCAUACAACGGCGGCGGGCUCGUGCGCGAGCUCUACAGGUCGUACGUGCGAAGCUCGCCCCUCGGGCACGAGGAGACGCUAAACUCGCUUACCAACUCCGAGUACGCCGCCGCCUGGCCGCCGCUUCUGUUCCUCGUCGACCUCUACGCGCAAGCGCUGCUGACCAUGGGCGACGACGAGUUCUUCAGUGUCGCGGGUCAGCCCGCGACGCACCGCAAUCCGCUCAGCGUCGACGAGCUCAGGACGUUCUCGCGUCAGAUGCUCAAUAUCGCAUUCACACUCUACUGGCGGGACGACCUCCGCACGGGUGCGGGUGGCGAGGGUGUGCCGGGCGUCCCGUCGUUGCGGUGGGAGGGCGUGCGGGAGAAGCUGACGAGGUGUUUGCAGGCGAUACAUGCGAGAGACUCUCGCCGGCCGUUCACGCCGCGUGAUCAUUGGCUCGUCACCUCUCAGGUCGACAUGGUCCCGUUCAUCCAGGCUGCAGUUCUUGAAGAGCAGAACCUCGAACAGCCGUCCAACGCGCGCACGCUCACGAAGCGGCAAAUUGCGUACAUGAGCCCGCGCCUGGGUGUACUGAACAACAUCCCGUUCGCGAUCCCGUUCGAAGUGCGCGUGUCCAUCUUCCGGCAGUUCGUCGCGUCGGACCUCGUCGCGCGCGGGCUGCUCUCCACCUCGGGGCGGCACGCAUUCUACCCCAAAACACGGGUGACCGUGCGCCGGGAGAGCGUCGCACAGGACGGGUUCGACCACUUAGGCGACGUCGACUUGCAUGCGCCCGUCGCGAUCACGUUUGUAGACCAGUUCGGAAACGAGGAGGCGGGGAUCGACGGAGGGGGUGUUUUCAAGGAGUUUUUGACGAGUCUGUGUAAGGAGGUGUUCGACAGCGACCGUGGACUGUGGUUGGCGAAUAAGAAGAACGAGCUGUAUCCGAACCCGCAUUCGUAUGCGACGGAGGCGCAUAGCUUGAAUUGGUAUCGCUUCAUUGGGCGGAUACUGGGGAAGGCGUUGUACGAUGGGAUUCUCGUCGACGUGGCGUUUGCAGGGUUCUUCCUUGCAAAGUGGCUCGGCAAGCAGUCCUUCCUGGAUGACCUCGCUUCGCUCGAUCCAGACCUCUACCAGGGACUCAUCUUCCUCAAGCACUACACCGGCGACCCCGAAGAGCUCUCGCUAAACUUCACCGUCGCGGAGGAAGAGUUCGACGUCGCACACACAGUCGACCUCGUUCCGGACGGGAGCAACAUCGCCGUCACGCGCGAGAACCGGCUGCAGUACAUCUACCUCGUGAGCCACUACCGGCUGACGAAGCAGAUCAAGAAGCAGAGCGAGGCGUUCUUCGAGGGCCUCUCGGACAUGAUCACGUCGCGGUGGCUGCGGAUGUUCAACCAGCAGGAGCUCCAGAUCCUGCUCGGCGGCGUGAACGCGCCUAUCGACCUGGACGACCUCCGGCGGAACACGAACUAUGGCGGCCUAUUCGACGACCACGAGUCGACGAUUCAAACGUUCUGGAGGGUCGUCAACGCCUUCGACCAGGAGCAGCGCAGGAAGCUCCUCCGGUUCGCCACGAGCUGCAGCCGUCCGCCAUUACUCGGCUUCAAGGAACUCGUGCCCAACUUUGCUAUCCGGGACGCCGGCUCGGACGAGAAUCGCUUGCCGACCGCGAGUACGUGCGUCAAUCUUCUGAAGCUGCCGCGGUAUCAGAGCGAGAAGGUGCUCAGAGAGAAGCUCCUGCAGGCGAUCAACUCGAACGCCGGGUUUGAUCUCUCGUAGAGCGAGCGUGCGUGAGCGUGGGGUGCAUUUCAGGAUUUUACGUGGUGGGGUAAUGUCAAUGUGCAUGGGGGAUAAUGUAUUGGAUGUAUUUCAUUGUAACGUCU